AUGAUGGUGAUCACCUCGUCCGAACACCCAAACUCGAUGGACUUGAUCAGAGUCUUGGACAGCAGAGGUUCCAUCGGGAAGAAGGCCAUGCGCUGGCCAAAGUCUGUGAGCUUCCCGUUCUCGUCCAGAGCAUCCAGAAUGUACAGUUCUUCCAGCGCCGUUAAAAUGGAGUUCUGCUUCGGCUUGUCCAUGAAAUUGAACUCGAUCACGUCGUCGAUCCCCAUCGCCUUGAGCAUCAGAAUCGUGUACGACAGGUUUUGUCGCUGGAUCUCGGGAACGGUGUUGGAACCCAUCUCGUUCAGAUAUGCGUUCUUGGUGUAUAACCGAUAA